AUGAAGCUAUGGACUUUGCUUCAGAGCUUGGGGUGCUCUAUUGCUCAUGAACAACCUUGGAUAGCUUUGGGCUUGGCGGGCAAUCUGAAUGCAGACAAUGCAGUUGUAGCAGAAGCAGUGGAGACUUGGUUGCGCACAGGUGGUAGGGCUGUUGAUACAGCAUUGAUGUACUACAAUGAUGAAGGGCUCCGAGAAGGGAUGCGACGAUUCCUUGUAGACUUUCCAGACCAGCAAAGCAAUAUUUUCGUCUCAACAAAGAUUCCUCCGGAGCAAAUGGGUUUUCAUGGAAGCCUAAAUGCCAUCAAAGAAGCACAAAGUAGGAUUCUCGCAGAAAACACAGCACUGGAUUGUGUGUUGAUCCAUUGGCCUGGACGUACGUGGCCGAAACGCGAUACAGACCCACCCUGCGUGGUGGAUAGGGGGGCUUCUCAUGCUGGAGAUUGGUCUUUGUGCCGAACAGAAAGUUGGGCUGCUUUGCAGGAAGCGAAAGCGCUUGGUUUGGUGAAAUUGAUUGGUGUGUCCAAUUAUGAACUGCCUCAUCUGGAAGAGAUGAAUAGCAUCCCUGAUAUUCUCCAAGUCGAGUUUCAUCCUUGGUGGAUUCGCGGUGAUUUGCUACAAUGGUGUCGUGACCGAAAGGUGAAACUCGUUGCAUACAGCAGCCUUGGAGGUGCAAGUUCUAACUGGCUGGAAGAUCCGCUCUUGAAAGAGCUGGCACGACAAGAGCAUCUCACAGUGGCACAGCUCUUGCUCAAUUGGGCAGUCAGCCAAGGUGUAUCAGUGAUCCCAUCUGCUCGCAGCAAGGCACACAUGCAAGACAAUCUGCAUUGUUGUGAAAAGCCACUGUCCGCAGAGAUUCUGGAUGCGAUGUCAGCUCCCAUCGCUGCGCAGCAUCGCACAAUACAGCCCGAUCCACGUUGGAUACAUGUGCCUGGCGUAUCGGCCAGCGGCUUUGGUGGACCCGUCCCUCCUUCCCAUGCACACUUAAAUUUGUUUGGUGCUGUGGAGCGUAUUCACUUGGGAAGCCUUCGGAAGCAUUGCUGGGAAGAUGAUUUCCGGAAACCAUAUCCUUGUUGCGAUCCUUCAUUUGGUGUUGAAGGUUUGUCCACCUGCUGGGAUUCAGGUCUUAGCUUCAUGGAAUGUUGCUUACCCUCCAGCUUCUCAAGAUUUGCCAUACCGCUGUCAGCUGCCAAGCCGCAGCGAAGUGAUCGGGUGGAUUUUGUUGUUGUGGGCGCUGGUUCAGCCGGAAGCCUUGCUGCCUCCAGAAUUGCUCGUAGCGGCUUUUCAGUGGUUUUGGUGGAAUCCGGCGGAGACGGACUAUCUUCCAAGAAGGUCCAUCCCAAUCCUUCAUUGCCUGAACAGUUUGAUCAUUGGUUCGUUCAUAAUGUGGAGUGGAGCCUGGGUGAGGUGAUAAGAACAACACAAAUCAUUCAUGGCAGAGGGCUGGGAGGUAGCUCUUCAGUGAAUGGACGCAUAUAUACCCGCACACCACUGCCCUUUGCACCGUCACUGGUCUCAGCCGCUUACGCGGAUGUUGAAUCUGAGUUGUUGUUCGAGACGGAUGAGACAGUGUCAGACUCAUGGCAACAACGUAUAUUAGAUGCUGUUGUUGCAGCAGGUGUUCCACAUGCACCAAACGCAUCCAUGCUGCUCAAGCCAUCAAUAGGGCCCGUGCAAAAGAUUGCUGGCUGUAGAAAUGGUGGACAACUGUCAGCCUUUCACUGUGCACAGCGUUUGGAAGCAGAUAUUGAGAUCUUGCGGCACGCUCACGUAAACCGAGUGAUUUUUGGUGGCAACAAAGCUGUUGGCGUAGAAAUUGCUGGCAGCAAAGAUUCCACAGAAGUCCUUUGCAACCAUGGUGUGGUGCUAAGUGCAGGCGCUUUACAAACUCCUGCAAUCUUGGUGCGGUCAGGCAUAGGGCAUCCGCUUGAUUUGCGCCGGCUUGGCAUUGACAUGAAAGUUGAAAGUCAGGAGGUUGGUGCCAACCUGCAAGACCAUCCUUACUUACCUUUUCGUGUACGGACGAAAUAUACGUGCGCAACUAAGGGUAGUUUGUAUGCAUUCUAUUCGAACCUCACUGCGCAGGGGGGACAACAGCGGGUAUAUGAACUGCAACUGAUUCCACGUUGCCUAGAGAGCGGAGGACAUCAGCAGACGGAGCUUAAAGGGUAUUUGAUUCUGCUGAGGUCAAUGAAGGGAGGGCGAGUCGUGGUCCGCUCCACUGAUCCAGCAGAGCCACCUGCUGUUUUGAACAAUCCGUUUGCAGGAGAUGGGGGAGACGCAUGGUUACUUCUCCAUGGUUUGAGAGAAGUAUAUCAACGCCUGAAAGCAAGUCUCCCCGGAGCAAGCUUCGAUCCACCCUCAGAUUCCAUCAUGGAGGAUAGCUUAGGUGGCCAGUACUGCGCUCAGCAUUUAGGACUCUGGCAGCAUCCGAUGGGAUCUGCUCGAAUUGGACCUGUGUUGGACAAUUCUUUGCGUGUUCGUGGAGUGGAGGGACUGUACGUGGCUGAUGCAUCAGCUUUGCCGGAUUGGGCGCUUGCUGGUCAUCCGGAUGCUGCGAUUCGAGCACUUGGUGCUUUGGUGGCACAGUUUGCCACGCAAGAUGCCUUGAGACAAAACAGCUGCCAAGCAGGGUGUGUUGUAUAA